UAUACAAUUUUUUCUUAACGAUUGUCUUUAUUAUAUUUGCAGAUGAGGAGGAGGAUGAGGAGGCUCUUUGACCUGGAGGGUGAUCGCUCACGGAGUAUCACCCCAGGUAGUGGUGCUGAUGAUCCACUACCAUCUCCGGAUGCAGAUGCUGGAUAUUCAUCACCCGGCCCCUCUGAUGCAGCACCAGAACCAUCCCCCGACGCAGCACCAGAACCAUCCCCCGACGCAGGUGCUACUUGGACCCCGACAUAUCCAUCAUAUACAUUCCAUACUGACUUGCGGCCAAAGACCCAGGACUUUCUCAGUUUACCUUUACCUCCGGACUCUCAUAAGUCCAAGGCUGAUUCAAGGAAGUACCACCCACGUGCUGCGAGAAAGUUACAGGAAAUGCUUCCUAUGUUGGAGACUAGGAAAGCUGAUGCACUCGCAGCAAAAGAAAGAGAGAUAGCGAAUGGUGCUAAGUCAGAUCGCAUAGAGGGACGGCGUGGCGGAGGUAAGCCUGAUUCUAAACAACCGCCAAGAGGAAUGAGGGCCAUUAUUAGGUGGAAUAGUUCUAAUUUGCCCAUUUUCAUUUAUUAA